AUGGCGAGAGAUGCACAGAAGGGGGCUCAGGGGGGGACGCAGGACCCUGCAGAGCAGCCCAGGCCUCAAUCCCGUGCUGGGCAUCGACUGUUCGCGCCCCAUCAGAGGUUGCCAAGCCAGCCCUGUCCCUUGAUUGGCAACCUGGCCAAUGUGAUCAGCUUUGCCUUCAAGGAUAAGUAUAAGCAGAUCUUCCUGGGUGGUGUGGACAAGUGAACCCAGUUCUGGUGGUACUUUGCCGGUAACCUGGCGUCUGGGGGUGCUGCCGGUGCCACCUUGCUCUGCAGCAUCUACACCCUUGCCUUUGCCCAAACCCACCUGGGAGCAGGUGUGGAUAAAGCCAAGGCUGACCAGUUCAGUGGGCUUGGUGACUGCUUGCUCAGUGUCUUCCGGUCGGAUAGCCUCAAGGGCCUGUACAUGGGCUUCAGUGUCUCUCUCCAGGAUAUCAUCAUCUACAGAGCUGCCUACUUUGGCAUCUGUGACACUGUGAAGGGCAUGCUCCCAGACCCAAAGAACACCCCCAUCACUGUCAACUGGAUGAUUGCUCAGACCAUCACCACUGUUGCUGGUUUCACAUCAUGCCCUUCGAUAACUGUCCAUCGUCACACGAUGAUGCAGUCUGGCCAGAAAGGAGCUGACAUAAUGUACAUGGGCACCCUUGACUGCUGGCAGAAGACUGCCCAGGACGAGGGCUCUAAGGCGUUUUUUGAAGGUGCAUGGUCAAAUGUACUGCAAGGAAUGGGUGGUGCUUUUACCUUGGUCCUCUGUGAUGAAAUCAAGAAGUACACAUAAGUUGCUUUCUGUUGUGAACUGGCAUGUUGUUACAUGUAGUCCACGACCAUUCAUGGACUUGUUUGAGAACCAUGUAGUUACUAAACAGCGAUGGCUGAUGUUUAUACAGGCUGGCAUGGGGCAAGAGCAACUGCCUGCCCUGUCUUUAUCAAAUUGUUCUCCCUGAUGGGACUCACUGUGGUUUGUUUCACUCAC